AUGCUCCUUCUGAUUGUUAUCUUGUUAUUGAAGGAAGAUGUCUGUGGGAACUUUGGUCUUUUGGUUUCUGCACAGUCCAACGAGAGGAGGGUGGUGGCCCAUAUGCCCGGCGACAUUAUCAUUGGGGCUUUGUUCUCGGUCCAUCAUCAGCCAACGGUCGACAAGGUCCAUGAGAGGAAAUGUGGAGAGGUGAGAGAGCAAUAUGGGAUCCAGAGAGUGGAGGCCAUGCUCCAUACACUAGACAGGAUUAACCAGAACCAAACGCUGUUGCCCAACAUAACACUGGGCUGUGAGAUAAGGGACUCGUGUUGGCAUUCGGCGGUAGCUCUCGAGCAAAGCAUCGAGUUCAUAAGGGAUUCUCUCAUCUCAGCAGAAGAGGAAGAAGGAUUGAUGAAGUGUGUGGAUGGAUCUUCUUCUUCCUUCCAUGGCAAGAAGCCCAUUGUUGGAGUCAUUGGGCCUGGGUCCAGCUCUGUGGCAAUCCAGGUCCAAAACUUGUUGCAACUUUUCAACAUACCUCAGAUAGCCUACUCAGCCACAAGCAUGGACUUAAGUGACAAAACCCUGUUCAAAUACUUCAUGAGAGUGGUACCCUCUGAUGCUCAGCAGGCUCGAGCGAUGGUGGACAUUGUGAAGAGGUACAACUGGACCUAUGUGUCUGCAGUACAUACAGAAGGAAACUAUGGCGAGAGUGGAAUGGAAGCCUUCAAAGACAUGUCGGCCAAGGAAGGCAUCUGCAUUGCCCAUUCCUACAAGAUCUACAGCAAUGCUGGGGAGCAGAGCUUUGACAAGCUGUUGGAGAAGUUACGGAGCCAUUUACCCAAGGCACGAGUCGUGGCAUGUUUCUGCGAGGGGAUGACUGUGCGAGGGCUGCUUAUGGCUAUGAGACGCUUGGGGCUGGCCGGAGAAUUUUUGCUGCUAGGCAGUGAUGGGUGGGCAGACAGGUAUGAUGUGACAGACGGCUACCAGCGUGAAGCUGCUGGCGGAAUAACAAUCAAGCUCCAGUCUCCCGAUGUGAAAUGGUUUGAUGAUUACUACCUGCAGCUUCAGCCAGAAACCAAUCACCGCAACCCGUGGUUUCAGGAGUUUUGGCAACACCGGUUCCAGUGCCGGCUGAAGGGGUCUCCUCAGGAGAAUACGAAAUUCAAUAAGACCUGCAGCAGUAAUUUGACCUUAGAAACGCAACAUGUCCAAGAUUCCAAGAUGGGAUUUGUGAUUAAUGCAAUAUACUCCAUGGCUUAUGGCCUCCAUAACUUGCAGAUGGCACUGUGUCCGGGUUACGCUGGUCUUUGUGAUGCUAUGAAACCUAUCGAUGGACGGAAACUCCUGGAUUCCCUGAUGAAGGCCAACUUCACUGGGGUUUCUGGGGACACUAUCUCAUUUGAUGAGAAUGGAGACUCACCAGGAAGGUACGAGAUCAUGAAUUUUAAGAAAAUGGGGAAGGACUACUUUGACUAUAUCAAUGUUGGAAGUUGGGACAACGGUGAGCUGAAAAUGGAUGAUGAUGAGAUUUGGUCAAAGAAAGGUUCUAUCAUCAGAUCUGUCUGCAGUGAACCUUGCGACAAAGGAGACAUCAAGGUUAUCCGCAAAGGAGAAGUCAGUUGCUGUUGGACCUGCACACGAUGCAAAGAAAACGAAUUUGUCUUCGAUGAAUACACAUGCAAAGCCUGUGAGCUGGGUUCUUGGCCCAACCAUGACCUCACCGGAUGCGAUUUAAUCCCAGUCCAGUAUCUCCGAUGGGGUGAUCCAGAACCAAUCGCAGCUGUGGUUUUCGCCUGCCUGGGCCUCCUGGCCACCAUGUUCGUGACGGCCGUGUUCAUCAUGUACCGUGACACUCCGGUCGUCAAGUCAUCCAGCCGGGAGCUCUGCUACAUCAUCCUAGCAGGCAUCUUUCUGGGCUACCUGUGCACAUUCUGCCUCAUUGCAAAGCCUCAGCAGAUCUACUGCUACCUUCAAAGAAUCGGCAUCGGUCUCUCCCCGGCGAUGAGCUACUCGGCCCUGGUGACAAAAACGAACCGCAUUGCAAGGAUCCUGGCCGGCAGCAAGAAGAAAAUCUGCACCAAGAAGCCUCGGUUCAUGAGUGCGUGUGCCCAGCUGGUCAUCGCUUUUCUCUUGAUAUGCAUCCAGCUUGGCAUCAUCAUCGCUCUGUUCAUCAUGGAGCCACCAGAUAUAAAGCACGACUACCCGAGCAUCCGAGAAGUGUACCUGAUAUGCAACACCACCAACCUGGGGGUGGUGACUCCUCUUGGAUACAAUGGCUUGCUCAUCUUGAGCUGCACCUUCUACGCGUUCAAGACCAGGAACGUCCCUGCCAAUUUUAACGAAGCGAAGUACAUCGCCUUCACCAUGUACACGACUUGCAUCAUCUGGCUGGCCUUCGUGCCCAUUUAUUUCGGGAGCAACUAUAAGAUCAUCACCAUGUGUUUCUCGGUCAGCCUAAGUGCCACCGUGGCUCUGGGCUGCAUGUUCGUGCCAAAGGUGUACAUCAUCCUUGCCAAACCAGAGCGGAACGUGCGUAGCGCGUUCACCACGUCGACGGUGGUCCGCAUGCACGUUGGGGAUGGGAAAUCGUCUUCCGCGACGAGCCGUUCAAGCAGCUUGGUCAACCUGUGGAAAAGGAGGGGAUCGUCUGGAGAGACUCUAAGCUCCAACGGCAAAUCUGUCACAUGGGCCCAGAAUGAGAAGAGCACCAGCCGGGGAGCCCAUCUCUGGCAGAGGCUCUCUGUUCACAUCAACAAGAAGGAGAACCCCAACCAGACAGCCGUGAUCAAGCCUUUCUCAAAAAGCACAGACAGCAGCCGACAGGGCAGCAGUACUGCUCUCACCGCCACAUUCCCCGAAUCCAGUGCCAAAACCCUUUACAAUGUAUCUGAAGCCGAGGAGCACUACCCGGUUCAGUACCGAGCUCAGACUCCUUCCCCCGUCAGCACAGUGAGCCAGAGGACUGCCUCACUCAGCCGGACGGAAGACGAUGCCCCAACCUUCCAGUCAGAGCAAGCCCAGCGAAGCAGCUCCUCCCAAGGCUCCCUGAUGGAACAGAUCAGCAGCGUGGUGACGCGCUUCACCGCCAACAUCAGCGAACUGAACUCCAUGAUGCUUUCCACCACCACGCCGGGAGCCAUGGUGGCUACUCCUCUGUGCUCUUCCUAUCUGAUCCCGAGAGAGAUCCAGCUCCCCACAACCAUGACGACCUUUGCAGAGAUCCAGCCUCUCCCUGCCAUCGAGGUCAACGGAGCUUCCCAACCAGCCCGGAAGCCCUCUUGCGGCAGCGUCAAAGAAGGCCCUCCAGCGGAAACACCACCAGCAGCAAAGCCAGACGUUGAGGAGUUGGUGGCUUUGACCCCUCCUUCCCCCUUCAGGGACUCUGUCGAUUCCAGGAGUGCUUCGCCCAGUUCCCCGGCCUCCGAAUCUGCCCUCUGUAUCCCUUCAUCACCAAAAUAUGACUCGCUUAUGAUAAGAGAUUAUGCUCAAAGUUCUUCUUCUUUGUGA